CGGUUAUCUUAAUUGAGAGCUUGGAGAGCUUCUGCUUCUGACUUAUUAUGAGUUUGAGUUUGAGUUUGAGAGUUUCCAUUGCAAAGCUUUCGAGCUUCGAGAGGGAAACCAUGUCGCAUUCUUCUGUGCCUCGCCAGAAACUGAUGAGAAGGUGUCGGCAGAAGAAAGAAGAAGAAGAACCCCUUGGAGGAGAUAUGGAGGAUCUCUUUAGCGAAAAGGAAACCCAGAAAAUCAGAGAGUCGCUGCUUGAUUGGUACGAUGAUAAUCAGCGAGAUCUUCCAUGGAGGAAGAAAAGUAGUGAAAGUGAAAAGGAGAGAAGAGCUUACGAGGUUUGGGUAUCGGAGAUUAUGUUGCAGCAAACUAGGGUCCAGACUGUAAUGGAGUAUUACAAACGCUGGAUGCAUAAAUGGCCAACAAUUUAUGACCUUGCUCAAGCUUCCCUUGAGGAGGUAAACGAAAUGUGGGCAGGUUUGGGGUACUAUCGGCGAGCACGUUUUCUUUUAGAGGGAGCGAAGAUGGUUGUUGCAGGGAAGGAAGGAUUUCCUAAUCAAGCGUCUAGCUUGAUGAAAGUUAAAGGAAUAGGAGAGUACACAGCAGGAGCAAUUGCCUCAAUUGCUUUCAAUGAAGCAGUACCUGUUGUGGAUGGAAACGUGAUAAGAGUGCUUGCCAGACUAAAGGCCAUCUCAGCUAAUCCCAAAGACCGGCUUACCAUCAAGAAUUUCUGGAAACUUGCUGCACAGCUUGUGGAUCCUUUGCGUCCUGGAGAUUUCAACCAGUCUCUGAUGGAGCUUGGUGCGACUCUAUGCUCUGUAUCAAAGCCAAGUUGCUCUACUUGUCCUGUUUCAAGCCAAUGCCGUGCAUAUUCGGAAAACAGAACCAUUCCCGUGACAGAUUAUCCUACAAAAGUGGUCAAGGCCAAGCCAAGGCAUGACUUUUGUUGCGUAUGUGUACUGGAAAUUCUCAAUCAUGAGAAGAACCAACGAGGAGGUAGAUUUGUGCUUGUAAAGAGACCUGAAGGCGGUCUUCUUGCUGGUCUUUGGGAGUUUCCAUCUGUUAUAUUGAACGAGGAAGCUAAUUUGGAGACAAGGAGGAACGCUAUGGACCUCUACCUUAAGGAAGAAUUUCAUGUCGAACCGAAGGAAACAUGUGCUAUAGUUUCAAGAAAAGAGCUUGGAGAAUUCGUCCACAUCUUCACACACAUACGUCGAAAAAUUUAUGUGGAGCUAUUAGUUUUACAACUUACAGGUGGAACAGAUGAUCUGUUCAAAGGUCAGGCGAAGGACGCCCUGACAUGGAAGUGUGUGGACAGUGAUGUACUUUCUACCAUGGGACUGACAUCAGCUGUUAGAAAGGUAUAUUUAAUGGUUGAAGCACACAAGAAAGGAUUAUCUGUUGCUGCUCCUGUCUCAUCGAAUAUAACAGCCACGUCGAGGAAACGAAGAAGCACAUGAUCUCCUUCUUCUUACCCUUGUCUAUAUGUAUUGUCUAGCAUUUGGAUAUGAAAGUCUUGUUUAGUUUUUAGUCUUUUGACCAGAACACUUGUGAUCUUGGUUUGAGAAUGAACAAUUAGUUUCUACUGAGUAAAUUCAUUGGAUCCCUCCAGAGGAUUGGUUAUGUAGCAAAAUUUAUUUGCUUGCGGAUUUCUUCUUGUAUGUUCAUCUGUAUGACUUGUGAUUCAUAUAAUGGCGAAGAUGAGCUUAAGCUGUUUCAAGUUCG